GGGGGUUAUCCUGGCUCUGAUUGAGGUUGGUAAAUCUGCAGAGAUGUUUUUCUGGGUAGUCCAGAGAACAUGGCUUUUAAACACCUGGCCAGGAACAAGGGAAGGAUUGCAAAAAACUCAACUCCUGGAAAGUCACCUUGCUGCAGUAAAUCUGUAGAGUUAUUUUGUGGUGAUCAGAGAGAACCAAUCAAAACCACAGCAGAGCGGCAGACAAGAUCCUCUUCAGUGCUCCAGCAGACAUCCAGAGCAUCUCCGAGUUCUAAAUGGGAAAGUACCCAGUCUAGAUUUCAGGUUGGAAGGAACAAAGCUGUGGAACAGAGACCCCAUAGUUCACUGGAUGGAAUAAGAGGAAGGACAAAAGGGAAACAGUCAGAUGGGAUCCCCUGGAACUGCUUCAGAGACAGAGUUCCAUCCAGAGAUCCAGGGUCACCUUUCUCCCUUGAAACUUCCAUGAAGAACAAUGGUCACAAAUGCAGACACCCUAAAGACAAGGAGGCUACCGUGAAAGAAAGGGCCAUCAGGAAAAUGACAUUUCCAAGAUCUGACUCAGCCUGGAUUUCUGAUCAUCCCAAGGAACAGCAGAAGCAGAAGCAGCUAUCUCUACCCCAACCUGGAGGGUGGUACCUGACUCCUGUACCCCCGGAUCCUGCCACCCCAAACCUUAACAUUGUUUAUGGUCCUUUUGUUCCUCUGCUGCCUUUUUCAUACCCUGGAUGGUUCUACUUAUCCACAGCCUCACCCUGUUCUGCAUCAGCAGGUUCCCUUGUCCAGGGUUCCAGCAAGGAAUCCCGCCAAUGCCAGGAAGAGAGGGACCGGUUCUCCCCUCAAGGGCCAGGACACCAGGGGCGCCUGAAGCUAAACAUCAACGACCUGGACGAUGUCUACGGGUCCUUAUGCGAAGCAGUGAAAGCAGCCAGAGACAUCCAACUCAUGACUGAGGAGCUAAGUCGAUCUUUGAGCUCUGACCUCAACAGAGCUCGGACUCUGCGGGAUUUCUUGUCUACAUUACGUCUUCAAAAACGAUAACUCCUUGUGGAAUAUUAAGAAGCGGAAUGAGAAAAAACCAAAACAAACAAAACGAGCAUUUGUCAGUUUCUUCAUAACCAUCCUUGGUUUGCUCCUCUGCAAAAGACCUUCUUGGACAAUUUUCUGCUGGAUUUUUUGGAGUACCAAGAGGUUGAAGCUCCCAGGUUUUGUGUCAGUAGCAGGUCAUCAAACCACCAGCUUCUCAUUGGUCUGAGAAAACUUCCCCAUGGACCUGUCUGGAGGGAAAUCCCUUUGGACACUGCAAGCUUUCCCUCCACUUCACUCUGCGCUUGUCACAUCUUUGUUGGACAUUUGGCUGAUGUAGCCUUGGGGCAGACCUUAAGAAAAAACUCAAGCUUUUAUGGGA